AUGAUACCUUUAGGCCAAAUCAGGACCCUACUGCCAGGGUUUGGAGUUUCAACCUUAUGUCUGGGCCUACUUCUCCUGUGGGGACCCCUGAUGGCCAAGGGGCAGAAUGAUACCGAGCCUAUUGUGCUGGAGGGGAAGUGUCUGGUGGUGUGUGAUUCUACUCCAUCCUCAGAGCCAGCAGGAAAUGCACUGGGCAUGUCAGUGCGCUCAGGCACCGGCCGUGUGGCCUUCUCUGCAACACGUCAGACCAACCACGAACCGACUGACAUGAGCAACCGUACCAUGAUCAUCUAUUUCGACCAGAUUUUGGUGAACGUGGGUGGUCAUUUUGACCAAGAGAGUAGUGUCUUCUUGGCUCCAAGGAGAGGUGUUUACAGUUUCAACUUUCAUGUGGUGAAGGCUUACAACAGACAGACUAUACAGGUUAGUCUGAUGCUCAAUGGAUGGCCAAUGAUCUCAGCCUUUGCUGGAGACCAGGAUGUGACACGAGAGGCAGCCACAAAUGCGGGUCUUGUGAUCAUGGAGAGGGGAGACAAGGCCUACCUCAAACUGGAAAGGGGAAAUCUAAUGGGGGGCUGGAAGUAUUCAACCUUCUCUGGCUUUCUGGUGUUUCCUCUGUGA